AUGUCAUCAGAGGAUUGCAUCAUAGGUGGUUAUGAUGUACCUAGUCAAACCAUAGUAUUCAUCAAUAUCUGGAGCAUUCAGAGGGAUUCGAAAUUGUGGGAUAAUCCGAAAAGUUUCAGACCUGAAAGAUUUGAAAAUGAAGAUAAUGGACAAUGCAAGCUAUUGUCAUUUGGACUUGGAAGGCGAGCCUGUCCUGGUGCAAACAUGGCCCAACGGGUGAUCAAUGUGGCUUUGGGAUCGUUGAUCCAGUGUUUUGAAUGGAAAGGAAGAAGUGAAGAAGGAAUGAAUAUGCCUAAGGCGUUGCCAUUGGAAGCCAUGUACAAAGCCCAUGAAAUCAUGGCGAGGAUUGCUGAGCAUUGA